UCUCAUGGCGCAACGCACUGUGACUUGUUGUUAUUCAAGUUGUAUGUCUAUUGUUCCAUCUAUCACGUUUUAUACCUUUCCACCUUCCAGUCUCCCUGCCUGCGCUUUGUGGUCUUUUUUGCGUAUGUGACUGCCGGGAGGCCAGCUUGAGCAUAUAGGAAAGGUAGCUCCAGGAGCAAGGAUGCCAGAGAGGGGCCUGGUUGCCUGGGGAACAUCAUGGGUGUGAGUGAAAGGGGGGCAGCCGAGCCACUCAGAAGUGGGACACCUCCCCUUGGGGCUGCCCUGGUGUGUUACCCAGAUAGGUCCCUUGGAGGAAGACAAUAGGUGGCUCCGUGGGGCAGCUUGCAGCUGCAGGUUAGGCCAGUGAAGGGGCGAUGCAGACAGCUGGCCUAGUCUACUGUGGCUGAAACCUUGGGGCUUUGUCGGGGCUUGUCUGGGGCAGGGCCAGGCCUAAAUUAGCUGAAGUACUUCUGCCUGUUCUCUGUUCUGCUCCCUCCAGGAGAGGGUCUUGAAUUUCCCCAGUUGAUGGCAGGGGGUUGGGGGUUGAGUCAGAGGUCAGGGUGGCUCUGGGUUGUAGGGCCACAGAGUCUCCUCACUGACCAGGACACUCUCGGGUGGGUGGAGUGCUGCGAUUGCUGAGCCUGGAGAGUUUGCACACUGCCUCUCCGUGCACUCUGCCUGGGUUCCAAGCGCUCAGUUUCCAGGUCCAGCCUCAGCACGUUUUCCAACAGGGCCUUGUGCAUUUCAGACAUUAUCGGUUCUGUCUGCUUUAGAGAGGGGGCAGGGCCCUGGGCCCUGGACAAAACUAGCUCCCUGCCCAUCUGCCAGCCCUUCACUGGCUGCCCAGCCUGAAAGGCAGCGUCUGGGGCUGGCGGGGAGGGGGACACAUUCCCCAGAGGCUCCUGGAGAACAGCCUUUCACUGCUGGGGUGGAAGCCUCAUUUGAAUGAGAAUCCGGUCUUUUCUGCCUGUGCGGGUUAAUCUGAACUGUGGCCCCACUAGCAGAGAAGCUCUGUGUGCCCUCCUCCCCACCUUCCGUCUGCAUCUGGUGGCCGCCAUUAAUAUCCUGUCCCCAGCCACGGCCUCCCUUGGUUUCUGCAGCUCUGGGGACCUCCCUGCUCCCAGCUGCGCCGUGGCCCCACCCUGCAUGCUCCCUGCCUCUGAUAGCCUGGCGUUCAGCUACCAUGCCUGAUGCUGGCUCCCACUGCCCAGGAGCCCCAGCUGGGCUAGGCCCCCUUUUAGCCCUGCUGCUGCUGCUGCCACCCAUGGUCCCGGCUCCCAGAACAAGUGCCCAGGAGGUACCAGACGUGAUGCCUCCACCCAGCUGCUCGGGGGGCAACUGCCACCCACCUACUGGCAAUCUGGUUAUUGGCCGUGUCCAGAGCCUUCGAACCUCUUCCACCUGUGGCCUCCAUGGCCCUGAACUCUACUGUGUUGUCAGUAAACUACAGGACUCUGAGAAUUGCUGCUUUUGCGACUCUCGGGAUGGGAAAAGCCAUGGCAUUGAGAAUGUGGUCUCCCGGAGUGACCCUGAUGGCAAAAAGACCUGGUGGCAAGCAGAGAGCGGUAUUGAGAAUGUCACCAUCCAGUUGGACCUAGAAGGUGCCUUUUACUUGACGCACCUCGUCAUGACUUUCAAGACAUUCCGCCCAGCAGCUCUGCUCCUUGAGCGCUCAGCGGACCAUGGCCACUCCUGGCACGUGUACCGCUACUUUGCCCACAACUGCUCAGGCCUCUUUCCUGGGAUCCCUCCUGCCCCUGGCCACAGAGUUGGUGACCUCGUCUGUGACCAGCGUUACUCAGACAUCGAGCCUGCCACUGAAGGAGAGGUAAUUUUCCAAGUUCUGGACCCAACCAUUUUUGCGGAGAACACAAACAACACGGAAAUUCAGGAACUCCUGCGUGUGACUAACCUCCGUGUGAACUUCUCCAAACUUCACACACUGGGUGACAGGCCCCUGGGGGGCCUCAGGGGCCACCCCUUCUACUACUAUGCUCUCUAUGAGCUAGUGGUUGGAGGCAGCUGCCUGUGCCACGGCCAUGCCUCUGAGUGCAGGCCCUCACCUGGGUCCCCACCCAGCGUAGAAGGCAUGGUACAUGGCCAUUGUGUCUGCCGCCACCACACCGCUGGUACCCACUGUGAACGCUGCCAGGGCCUGUACCAGGACCGCCCGUGGCAGGCAGCAGAGCCUGGGCACCCCCACACCUGCCAGGAAUGCGAGUGCCAUGGGCACGCCCGCAGUUGUCACUUUGACAUGGCCCUGUAUCUCGCAUCUGGCAACGUGAGUGGAGGUGUGUGCGAUGCAUGUCAACACAACACAGCCGGGCGCCACUGUGAGCUCUGCCAGCCCUUCUUCCACCGGGACCCCCGGGAGGACCCCCGUUCCCUUCACUCCUGCAAACCCUGUGACUGUGACCCUGUGGGUGCCCUGGAAGGGGGUUUGUGUGAUGCCUACACAGACGCCACCCGGGGCCUCCUCUCUGGGCAGUGUCGCUGCAAAGUUCACGUCUGGGGCCAGCGCUGUGAUUCCUGCCGGCCAGGUCACUAUGGCCUGAGCCUCACCCAGUCAGAAGGCUGCCAGCCCUGCAGGUGCGACGCCCGGGGCCGCGUCCCCGGCACUCAUGCCUGUGAUCCAUCCAGCGGUGCCUGUCACUGCAAACGCUUUGUCUCUGGACGGGACUGCAGCCGCUGUCUGCCUGAGUUCUGGGGUCUGAGCGGUGACUCUCUAGGCUGUCGGCCCUGCGACUGUGACUUUGGGGGUGCCUACAGCAACAGGUGUUCGGCAGGGCAGGGCCUCUGCCUCUGCCGCCCCCACCUGCACGGCCGCCGCUGCCAGGAACUCCAGUCUGGGUACUUCUGCGCCACCCUCGACCAGGCCACUGCCGAAGCAGAGCGUGGCCAGAGCCUCCAGCCUGCUGACCCCCGGCUGCCUGGAGCCCCCUGGCCUGCUCCCCGCUACUGUACACCAGCCCCAGGGACCUCCUCUGGGUGGCUCGGGCCCCGACUGUGGAGACAGCGUGACCCUCGCUGUGCCCUCCAACGUGCCAGGCAAGCCCGGUACAGCCACCAGCUGCCCAGGACCCCAGGGAAGCCCCCGCCCCUGCCUCGGGGAGCUGGCUCUGCACUGGGGAGGGGCUCAGACUUCGCACGUGUGGUGGACGGGGCUGGCCUCUCUCUGCCGGCACCCCCAGUGCCUCGCGCCCUGGACUAUGACAUCAUCCUCCGCUAUGAGACCCAGGCACCUGAAGUGUGGCAGGCGUUAGUCCGGGUCCGUGCCCAGUCGCAGCCCCGCAGUGCCCGCUGUGCCCAUCCGCUGCCCUCAGAGCAGCUGUUCCAGGCAACCUUGACCCAUGGGCACAGAGCCGUGGUUCUUUCCAGACCAUUCUGCUUUGAACCCGGAACACGCUACUCCGUGACCCUGCGGCUGUGGCGGACCAAGGAGGGGCGGAGACCCGAGGGGGGCACGAUCCUCCUGGAUUCAGUCGUUCUUCUGCCACGAGUUAGAGAGUUGCCUGGACUGAGGUCUGUAGACCCUGGGGCCCCGCGGCGCUUGCAGGAGCUUCACGAGGCGGGCUGCCUGGAGGCAGCGAGGGUGAGCCCACCCCGAAGCAUGCCUGAGGCCUGCGCCCGACUCGCCUGCAGCAUCUCAGCCCUGCUCCAUGGAGGUGGCCUCGCAUGUGAGUGCCACCUGCAGGGGUCACUGAGCACCGAGUGUGCCCAGCUGGGGGGGCAGUGCCCCUGCCGCCCUAACAUCACGGGUCGCACCUGUGACCUCUGCCUGCCUGGGACAUUUGGCCUCGGGCCCACCGGCUGCCGUGAGUGCAGCUGCCACCCCGAGGGGGCUGCCGGAGCCGUCUGUGACCCUACGAGCGGGCAGUGCACAUGUCGGGCGGGCCUCGCUGGUCGCCGCUGUGACCGCUGCCUCUCUGGCUGGUGGGGCUUCCCACGCUGCCAGCCCUGUGCCUGCAAUGGACACGCCGAGUCGUGCCACCCGCUCACAGGCGUCUGCCAGGACUGCCACGGAGCCACCACGGGCUGGCACUGUGAGAGGUGCUUGGACGGCUACUAUGGAGACCCCACCCUGGGCUCAGGCCAGCGGUGCCAGCCCUGCCCCUGUCCUGGGCACCCUGGCUCAGGCCUCUAUCAUGGGACGUCCUGCCGUGUGGAUAGCACCAAUGGACGUGUCCUGUGCCUCUGUGCGCCUGGCUAUGCAGGCCCCCGCUGUGACCGCUGCUCCUCCGGCUACUUCGGGCGCCCCUGGCCUGGAGAUGACCCCAGAAGGAGUCCGUGCCGGCCCUGCCAGUGCAACAACAAUAUUGAUCCCCGUGACCCAGCUGCCUGCGACCCUCACAGUGGACAUUGCCAGCGCUGUCUGCACCACAGCCACGGCGCUGGCUGUGCCCACUGCCGGCCUGGCUUCCACGGCAGUGCCCUGCGCCCAGGGGGCUGCCGGCGCUGCAGCUGUGACCCCCGAGGCACCAGCCCUGUGAGGUGCCCCCCUGGGGCUGAAGCCUGCUUCUGUGACCCGGUCAGCGGGCAGUGCCCCUGCCGCCCCCACACACUGGGCCGGGACUGUAGCCGCUGUGCCCCCCUCUUCUGGAACCUCGGGGGGCCCCGGGGCUGUGAGCCCUGCAGCUGCCACGCCCGACACACUUUGCAGCCGGGGUGUCACCCAGUCACGGGUCAGUGCACCUGCCGGGCAGGAUUUGGGGGCCGCACGUGCUCCCGGUGUCGGGAUGGGUACUGGGGUGACCCGGAGCAGGAGUGCAGAGCCUGUGCCUGUGACCCCCAGGGCUCCAUCUCGCCCAGCUGUGACCCACACACAGGCACCUGCCGCUGCCGAGAGGGCAUCUCAGGGCCGAGGUGCCAGGCGUGUGCCCGUGGCUCCACAGGCAGCUUCCCACACUGCACGUCCUGCCCUCCCUGCUUCACCUCCUGGGACCAACACCUGGCUCCCCUCCAGCUGCAUCUGGACACUGUGGCCCAUGAGGUGGCCACCCUGUGCCAGGGCAUGCCUGGCUGGAGUGCUGGUGGCCAGGGAGGAGACCUGCAGGCCCUGGAGGGUAAACUCCAGCAGGCCCAGACACUCCUGGAAUCACUUUCCCCCACCGGAAGGCCCCUGCGACAACUUACAGAGUGGAUCACCGGACUGAGGACAGAAAGAACCACGUUGGCCCAGGCACUGUGGGUCACAGCACAGGUUGUGGCAGAGAGAGAGUCAUGGGUUAGGGGACAGUGUGGACGUCUGGAAGAAUUAUCCCAGGAGUUAGACUGUGUCAAGGGCCUGGCCUGGCCCAGGAAGGCCACGGGAACCCAAGAGGCCAAGGCUCAGGUCUCCUCAGCUGCCCUGCUUUCUCAAGAGGCCCUGCGUACAGUCCAGGUCGUGGCCACACUUGGAGGACCAGACAGCCUCCUGGGACAGGCCCAGGAGGCCCAGCGGUGGACAGAGCAGCUGCUGUGCGCAACGGGCCGGUCCAGAGGGCCAGCGGUGUUGCAACUGAAAUUGAAGGGGCUCGUCGACAGGGUCCAGAGGCUGAGUCCUCGGCUUCUGCAACUGCUAGACAAAGCUGGAGUGGGAUGCAGGGGUCAGGGACCUGGGCUGGCCUAUGUUCCUGUGCCCUCUGGUGUUCCCUCUUGCCCUGGGACCCUGCCUACCUCCCAGUGGGCGCUCAUUGCCUCCCGUAACUCCUCCCGUAGCCUGGACGUAGCAGUCAUCACCUUGGAGCAGUGCCAGCAUCUGCUACGGCAGACCCAGGCUACUGCAAGCUCCACGGGAAUCCAGGCCUGGGAGACGUGGCAUCGUGCAAGGGGGUCCUGGGGCAUGGCCACCGUGGCUCGUGUGCAAGCAACUGUGCAGACCAUCCAGCGUUUCCUCUUGGCUGAAGGUGCGGACGCUGUGAGCAUAGAGCUGGUGGCAUGGCGUGGGCUGGUGGUGCCCGUCCCCCGAGACGGGGCAGUGGGCCUUGCCUUCCUGCUGGAUCAGAUCCAGGGUGCCCUCCCUGCACCAGAGGCCAUGGGUCAGGAGCUGCCCAAAGCUGAAGGUGUCCUCCAUCGGGCACAGCAGACCAGGGCGGGUACAGCCAGGGCUCUUCAUCAAGUGCUGGAUUUGGAGGGAGUGCUGGCUGAGGCGGGAACUCAUGCAAGGGCUGCAGAGCAAGGACUGCAGGUGGUGAAACAGAGACUUCGGGGUCUGGAGGCCAGUGCACAGGAGGUGGCCAGCCACCUGGCCCAGGUUGCACUGGCAGGGGAUGUGACCCCAGUGGUGGGACAUCUGUCCAGUGGAUCUGCGGCUCUCAGGACCCGUUUGGCCCUGACUCAGCGGCAGGCCUGGGAGGCAGAAGAGCAAGCCACGCAUGCCCUGGGUGUGGCCGGGAGCCUGGGCCAGGAGCUGCAGGUGGCCCAGCUGGGUGUGAUGGAGUUGCAGGAGGGCACAGAGAGCCUUGUGGCCACGGUGCAGGAUGCCGGAGAGCGGGCACAGCGGGCACGAGCUGAGGCCCGAGAGCUGCUGACGCUGGUACAGGACAGCUGGAGAAGACUGGAGGGGUUGGAACGCCGCCUGGCUCAGAACGAGGAGGCACUGGGCAAGAAAGUGGCCACCCUGUGGGCCCUGGAGCAGCGGGCAGCAGAGCUACUGGAUCACAUGCAGCUGUGGGCCAGGGCAUAUGCCACCUGCUGACUUCGGUCUGUGGAUGCCAGUGAGAGGGACUCGGACUACCUGGGUGACUCUGAGUGACCCCACAGUGACCCAGGAAUCCCCUGACCUUGAGAGACCAGAGACACCAGAGUGCCUGCUGAUCCUGAGUGAUCCAUGUGACACCAUGUUGUUUAGUGGUCCUCUGACCUUGACAAAUAGGAGGGAUCACGUACGACUCCCUGAGGCCAUCUAGUGCCCCCCGAGAUCCUGAUAGAGCCUUAUCUCUGAGUGAUCGAUAAUUCUGAGCGCCCUCUAGUAUCCCUGGGCCCUUUGGAUUGACCACACGACCCCCCUGGUGUCUGGUGACCCCACUCCAGAUAACUGGUGAACCUUGAUGUUUCCCCUAGCUUUUUGCCCUGGGCCUGCCGCUCCAGGUACUCUCCACCUGACCCCAGACAGUGGGCGCGGAUGUGGCAAGCUCAAAGUCACCCCGACAGGGCCCUACAGACCCCAGAGUCUGGUCCCCGCCGAGGUCCCAGGGGCCUGGGUGGGGCACGCGCUCCGGCAGCGCGCAUUCCAAGCCCGGAUCUGGGCGCUCCCGGAGGGCCGAAAAGUCCGGAGUGGAUGAAUAGCCAGAAGAUCUGGAUUCACUAGCUACCGCUCUGGUCUGUUGUCAGUGCCCAGCUCCCUUUUUCAUACCAGGAAACUUGAGUUCUUCUCAUGCCUACUUGUUGUAGUGACUGGGGGAGGCGGAGACUCUGAAUAGGGGAUGGCCUUUCUCCAUCUCUCCCAAACCCACAUGUUAUCCUGUCCCUCCGAUCAGGCUGUCCUAAAGCUUCUCACAGGCCCUGAAUAGGGGAGCUUGGCACUCUGAGUGCACCUUUCUGCCGCCUCACUAAUGCUGGAGCCCUGGGAAUGGAAAGCCUAAUUGAUGGAGACUCCCACAGCACCAACGACACUGGGGACAAAGGCUUGUCCCAUGGGCCCCUUGAGGUCUCCAAGAUCACACUCCUCUCCUUGGCUUAUGCCACAACCCCUGCUUGAUGUGUCCCUGAACUAUAGUGGCCUAUGACCCCAAACCCCAGUGUUCCCCUGGCUUUGUGCAGACCUGGGCCUGGGGGCACAAUAAAGGUUUA